CUGUGAUUCAGAAAGUGUUUCUUUUCCUCCUCAGUGGGGAAUUCCUGUAUGCAAGAAACAAGGCGGGGGGAGGGAGGUGAAGGGGUUAAUUUGUGGCCGGGGAAACCUGAUGCUAAUUAAGUCUGAGGAAUGCCACAUACUGACAUCGUAGCGCAGGAGCCCUCAGAGUGGCUCAGGCGUGGAGAGAGGCGGCAGUAAUGCGUCUGUCUAAUGUUUGUGCUCCUUACUGACAGACCUGAGAGCAGCCUCGCACAACCUGGAGCUGAAGGGGAGAGAAGAGGUCAAGCGGAUGCAAAAAAUGGAUUUAGUGGCACCGGCGCUGUUGCUGCUCCUCUCCUGGGCAUCGCUGCGGGCUGACGCAGAGGUCUGCCGCGGGGCGCACUGCUCCGGCGCGGAGCACGCCGAUCCAAGACCGUGCACCGGAGCGCACUGCCCGGGGAGCAGAUCCUCCAGACCUCCGCGCCAGUACAACCCGACGACGCAGGGGAGGGCGGUGCAGAUAGUCGCCAGCCAACACCACGCGUACCCGGGCUCUCCAAGAGCGGCGUCGGAAGCGCACCACCCGGCGGCCGCGCAGCCUCUCCGCGGGCGGCACGGCGACAGCAGCGGCGGCGGUGGCGGUGCGCGGUUCAGAGCGCUGGACCCUCUCCCCGCAGGGUGCACCGAUGUGGACUGCGCCGCUCUUGUGAAGCAAUUUCAGCCCACUAAUGACACCCGAGACUGUAGAGGGAUCGAGUGCAGACUGCCGCCGAGGAUACGGCCAAGUAAACCUCGAGCGAGGUCGUGUGUGGGAGAGGGAUGUCUGGUCGGAUCAGAGGAGAGCGUCUCCUCCGCCGCCGCCGCCGCCGGCAGCAGCCAGCUCCCUCCUCCCGUCCAUCUGUCCGACAGAGCCGCGCAGUUUCUGGGAGAUUUUCCGGAGCUUGGAUAUCCUUCGCCGGAACUUGGCGGCGCGCCUCUGGGUGUCCAACUCACAUGUGACAUCAAGCCAGGUGAGAAUGAAGUUCCCUCUGAAGAUGCCCUCAUCCUGCACCUCCAGCUGGCCAAGGGUCAGGAGAAGCUGGUGGAGGCCCUGCGAGCCCAGCAGGUUGUCAUCCGUGACCUGCAGCAGAAGCUGGCGGACCAACAGGAGGCGCUGCUCUCCCAGCAGAGGGAGAUCCUGGACCAGCAGCGGCGCAUGUACGAGCAGAUGGACGUGGUGAAGGCCCAGUACGGCCUCCUCUCGGACACCGUCAAGCAGGUCUCCUUCCAGGGCCUGCAGGGCGAGCUGCAGAGCUACUUCGAGAACCACCUGGCGGGGCUGCAGAGCCAGGCCCGCAGCCACCUGCAGAAGUCCUACGCCGUCCACAAAAUGGACGUGGACACGAAGGUGAUGGAUGUGGUCGGGGAGGCUCAUUUGCCUCAGCCUCUGCUGGGGUGCCCGACGCCCUGUGGGCAGGAGGAGUUCUGCGAUUUUCAGAGGGAUCCACCGCAGUGUGAGAAGUGCACCAUGUGUCCGCCGGGCUUCUUUCUGAUCUCCCAGUGUUCUCCGACUGCAGACAGGAUGUGCCAGGACAGAGAUGAAUGCCUCGAAUUACCAAACAUUUGUGGAGAGCGAGUGAAGUGCCUUAAUACUCCAGGGGGCUUCAGAUGUCUGGGAGUGUCGGAGAGAGAUGCGGUGAUGGGCUUGUGCGGUCACGACUACUUCUACAACCAGGAGCUGCAGGAGUGCCAGGCCUGCUCCGACUGCGACGGAGAGCCUAUCACCGCUCCCUGCACGGCCGUCGUUGACUCUGUCUGCGGCCCGUCUUCAGAGAGCCGCUUCUCCCAGUCGUGGAAGGCCAACGUGGUGGUUCCCCCUCCUCGGACUUCUGGCUCCCACAUCUUCCCUGGGCUUCAACUAAACAUCCGAGGUAAAGAGACGACGGAUCUGCUGUCCAACGAGGCGGGGCAGGUGACGUUCCUGCAGCACGGCCUGGUGUGGUUGGAUCAUAACUUUGCGAUAAAGCACAGCUGCAGGAACUUCCUUCAGGUGGGGAUGAGGCUCAAUGGGAGCCAGGAGGAGGAGGGCCGGGACCUCAGUGGCGCUCGCAUCGAACAGCCAGAUGGGAAGUACUUCCAGGGCGUCAGCGUCAGCAGCGGCGUCGAGGUGGAGCCCAACCACACCUUAACUCUGCUGCUGAAGAGCCCAAAUCAACACUGCAACCACAGCAAGGAUAUUCACGUCUACGAUGUCACCACUCCCUCUUUCAGCCUGCUCUGGUUGUCUCAUGAUACCGGUGCGGUAGCUAUGACGGCUCAGUUGUCCCUGUUGGCGCACUACCAGACCAGCUACCGCCCAACUUUCCGCAUGACCUCAGUGUCCGACCCGUACAUGAUCAUUCUGAGCCACGACAACCGAGCCGUGCGCUUCACAGAGAGCGGUGUUGUAAAGUUCGUCCUCCAGCAGGCGCUCUACUCCAUGGGCCAAACCUGCAUUCGAGAGGGUUUCUCCUUGAUCGCCUACACUAAUCACAACGGGACCGGCCAAGAGGUGAUGCAAGCCUUCAAGACGGGCGUCAACUACAGGGACACCUCCAUCACCCUGUCUGGCGCCGUGAGCGUGAGCAGCGGAGACACGCUCAGCUUUGAGAUCUCAUCUCCGUCCCAGUGCAACAUCCGCUACUUCGGGGACAGCACUGGUAUCAGCAUGUUGAGCCUCAUCUGGAUUCCCUCAGCGGUGUCAUCAGCCCUGACUGCUACCGUGUCCAGGACCGGUCUGCCCUCCGGAGCAGUCAGGAACAAGCCGCUGUUAUUCCAGCAGAUCAGCGCGGACACGCCGCAGGUUCGUUUGGCGCGCUCAGGGGAGCCGAACAGCCGGAAGAACUUUGUAUUCCACGAGAAAGGGACGGCGAACAUAGCCCUGAACCUGAAGCUGAUACACUCAUGCAAUAUUGUAAAGCUCACCUUGCAGCAGGUGCGGGGUCAGGGCGGGCAGGCAGGUCCUGUGGCUCAGCAGGUGUCUGGUUAUAUGCCUGAGGGGAGCCAGUGGGCCAGCGUUGGGCUGCGGGCCUCGUUUCAGGUGCAGAACGGUACAGCUGUGUUUGUUACUCUGGACUGCAUCCGUGGACGAGUUAACCAGAUAACACACGAGGGCGGCACUAACAUUUCAAUCCUCUGGGUUGCAGUUUGAGCCAAGAGGGGAUGAAACCUUCAGUAACACACUUUGUGAAAGAAAAAAAGACAGUUUUGCACGAUAUUGAAUUGCAGAGCAGAUUCAACAACUUACCAAAUGACGAAUACUGUUUGAUCAAAUAUUACGCAUAUUUUGUCAUAUCAUUGUUUUAAAUGCAUCAGCUGUUUAGACUUUUAUUGUGAAAAUCUCUUUUGUGUAUGAUGUACAUCCUGUAAGUACUGCCUUUGCUUGAAGUACUUCGGCUGGUUGAGCAGUGACCAAUUCUUCAUGUAGAGAGUGUGUGUGUGUGUGUGUGUGUGUGUACAGUGUGUAUGAGUGUGUGUACAUACAUGUGCAGUGGUGCUUAUACGUGUGUGUGUGUGUGUGUGUGUGUGUGUGUGUAUGAACGUGUGUAAACACACACUGGCAUGCCUACUUUUGCAUAUGAUUCGUACGUAUAACCUCCCAUUCCUGCACAUAUUUAACUUGCGUACUGUAUGUAACAAACCUUUCUGUAUUAUAUCGUUAGGCAUUUGAAGAAAAAAUGGUUUGACAUUUCAAGGAGAUUUGCUUAUUUACUUUCCAGAGAGUUAAAGGUCAUAUUGAUAACAUUUUCACUGAGACAAAUCUUUGUAAAGAAAGAAAUAAUAAAUCUACCGAGUGUGUAGAAAGGAUGAAAGAAUGAAAGUAUCUCUCGGCCUUAAAAACAUUGUUAUGAUAGCAAGUUAAUCAUUUUAACUACUUUUUCAGGGCCAAACAAAUGAGUAAAAUGACUCUGGUGUCACGUGGUAUCUUUGCUUCAUCAGUGAUCGAUGGCCUUAUUUGUUGCCUAUGUGCCGAGCAUACCGUACUGCCCUGAUGCUAGCUAGAUAGCGUAAGCAACGUUCGUUAAAGCAACAAACUGGCAACCGCUUGAAGGGGCGGAGGAUUUGUACAACAGCGGUGUUGUCACAUUAAUGCAAUUGUAACGGGAUGAUGGAAUGCUGAAUGUUUUCAAUACGACCUUUAAAUGAGAAGAUUGACUCCAGUCUCAGCAGCUGCUUAGCUUAGCUUAGCACAGAGAAAACUGGAAACAGUGGGAAACAGUUAGCCUGGCUACUGUUAGAACUUAUCCACACAAAAACUGCAGUAACUUUAGACCAGUAAGACCAGUAACUCCAUCGUGGGAUCUGCUGAGCUCAUUGGCAUCAUUUGAGUCUAACCUGUUUCUCCCUGUUUUUAGUCUUUGUGCUAAGCUAAGCUAACUGCCUGCUCCUGGUAAAUUCACACUAACAACACCAACACAAAAGUGGUAUCGAUCUUCUCAUCUAACCCUAGAACAAAAAGUAAAUACACGCAUUUUCCAGAAAGUCAAGUCUUUAAUGCUCUGAAGAGUUCGUCAUGUAAGAGCUACGUAUACGAAGAUACUACAUAUUAAACUUUAAAUACGGAGGAGUUUUUGGUAUUGGAUGAUGUUUUUGAUGAUAUUUAUUUGCCUUUUAUAAAAACAGGACUUUGGCAUUUACACUAUAGAAUGCAUAUAUUUGUCAGACAUGAGAAUAAUAUACAAAAUAUGUCCAGUAUAAUGCCUGUAAUGCACUGAGUAGGCAGUGUUGAUAUUCAAAUACAUGCAGUAAUAGCUUCUAUUUUUUUUUUUUUUGCACGCGUAUAGUUUAACACAGUAUUGUGGAAUGUGCAAACAUCAUACUUUGUUAUUCUUUUGCCUGAAUGCUGUUUCCCUGUGAAGAGUUACCCAUGCGUAUCGGUCCUAAUUGCCUCUGUGUGUAUUCUGUCCUCGAAACAAUUAGGCACAAUUAAGUGUUGGCAGUGAAGCCGCCACCGAAAUUCUUCAGCUUUACUCUCACUUCAUUAUGUUCACUGUUUUGUUUUCUCUCUCUCUCUCUCUCUCUCUCUCUCUCUCUGUUGUUGUUGGGCUUUCUGCACAUGUCAAUGCAUGCAUGGUUGUUCAGCACCAAAUAAAAUGUACAUAUAUUUUGCCAGAAAAAUGAAAUUUCUACUCCGGCAUGUAAAAGCUAAAUUGCCUUGUUGGUUUUAAUCCAAAGAAAUGUCAACAUAGCUGCCAAAAACAACAAAUCAGAGGGAAGAUAUUUCACCAGUUUGUUGGAUGAUCACCGUUGGCUUGUAUGAAUUUAAUUUCGCACCAUGCACACCUGAAGCAUUCCUCUGCAGCCACAUCACCUGACCUCUCGUGUGACCUGUAUUCCCGUAUCUCGACAUUGAUUUUAUAGUGGACGUACCUAUCAUGAAAGUCAUCAUUCCACAGUGGGCGGCUAUUAUUUUCCAUUAAAGUUAAAGGGUAAAAGUUUAA